AUGCAGUUCACUCAAGUCCUCCUGGCUACCCUCCUGGCCGUCCCCGCGGCCCUCGCUGCUCCUGCCAGCGGCAAGUCCAUGAUGGCUCAGAGCCCCCAGUGGACCAUUCAGAACAUGAAGCGCGUUUGCGCCGCCAACGACUCCUCCUGCACCUGGACCUUUGGCAUCUACCCCGGCUCCGGCAACGCCACCCCUUGCACACUCGUCGUGACCGGCCAAAAGGCCUCCCAGUCCAACGGCGGACCCGUCAACUGCGGUGACUACACCGUCACCUCAGGCUGGAGCGGUCAAUUCGGUCCCGGCAAUGGCUUCACCACCUUGGCCGUGGUCAACAACAAGAGCCGCCAGAUCGCCUACCCUGCUUACACCGACAAGCAGGUCGAGGGCGGCAAUGUUGUCAAGCCUGACCAGAGCUACCCUCCCUACGCUCUCCCUUAG